UACUAGCUUCAUUCGAUUUUCUGUUUCGGCAUUUUUCUAUUAGAGGGCAGUAAAUAAAUUGCUACUUAAGUAAAGACUUUUGUUUAUUACUAAAUAAACAACGUAAAUAAGUUUUGUUAUGCGGUGAUGGUGUCUAUAUAAAACAUUCUAAAUAUUAUUGAACUGCAUUAGUUUUACGAUUGUGUAAAUAAAAUGUCGAGAAACGGUAAUAAUAUUGUGGUCUUGUAUUAUACAUAACAACCUUCCUUUUGAAUCACCCUAUCUAUGAAAUAAAAACCGCAUCAAAAUCCGUUGCGUAGUUUUAAAGAUUUAAGCAUACAUAGGGAUAUAGGGACAAAGAAAGCGACUUUGUUUUAUACUAUGUAGUGAUAGCACAAUGUUGCACGCUUUUUAUAACGAUUUCUAAACGUCAGUUGAAAAAAAAGCGUUUAAGCAAUAAGCAGUUUUUAAAAACCCUUAUUAAAAAUUGUACAAAGUAUCAACACUUAAAAAUUUAAGCAGUUAUUUAAGCACCUCUAACCACUACUGUCUAUGGUAUCUCAUGUGACAGAUAUAUGACAUUUGCGUCGCGAAUGCCAAAUGUCAAAAAGAAUAACCUGCAUUCGUAUGUAGAAAGUUGCAAUAUUUUUGGAUUUUACUUAUUAUAGUAAAAACAAAUAUCGUCCUUUAUAAAACUAUCUUUCCCUUUAUUUUUUGUCGAUAUGCUGUGCAUUUAUUGACAUUUGACUAACAUUUGGUCUUUAAUAAUUUUUGGUAUUCUAUCGCUAUAUUAAUAUGAUAAAUAAACUGUCACCAAUGUAAGAAUGGGAUAUACCUGUACCUGAAGUGUGUAAUUUACAAUAAUAAAAACUGAAAGUUUAAUUGUGAUGGAAAGAGUUGGUGGCAAUUUUUCCGAUAUGAGCCGUAGAGCGGGAGAAUUUUUGCGGCGAGUUAAUAGAAUAGCCGAUGGCCCAAUGACCAGAAAAAGAUUCGUGAUUAUAUGUCUUAUUGUUAUCUUUUUUAUAUUAUACAUGGGACCUGGUUUAAUGAGCUGGUUACUGGGCACUGAGAGAAUUGUUGGAAGUAAAAAUGAUUGUCAACGGAGCUUUUUGAUGCCUUUUGUGAAUGCUCUUAAUGAUUACGACGCUCAUUUAAGGCAGGAGACCUCUGCGACUAUAUCUUCACUUGGUCACAAUUUCAUGCCCUAUGUUGGCAAUGGGUUUCUGGGAUUAGCAUUAGAACAUGACUCUCAUUUGAACAUCAAAUAUGGACGUGCACUAGCAUUGCCAAUUUAUUAUCACCCACUUUAUGUAAUAAACGAUUAUGAAAUGAAAGAAUUUACAGUGGCAGAUUAUAAAAAAGGUAUAGUCCAUAGAUUCCAAUGCAGCAAUACUGGUUUGCACAUCUCUUACCAAUAUUAUGCACACAGGACAAUACCAUCAUUAUUUGUUCAAGAGAUAUUAAUCAGUAACCCAACUAAUACUGACAAGGUGCUGAGAUUGUCUGUACCACGAGUAUCUGAUUGGCCUACGUCUGUUAAACAAACAAUAAAGUUGCAUCAAGGUGUUGAUACCAAAGAUUAUGAAGUUAUCACUGGUAUGAUAGCUAUACCACAAAGUGAAAAUGUGGUUGCUGCAACAGUGGUAUCAAGGAAAUUGGGUGAUACCAUUAAAGUUAAUGCUAAAGAUGCUAUAGAAGUUUUGAUAUUUACAACUGUUCAUUACAGCAAACCAAUAAAAAAGUUAGACUAUGCAAUACAGAAAGAUAUUGUGGAAAAAAAAGCUAUUGAUGAAAUGGAAAAAGUGAUAGCUCUGACCAGUGAUAUUUCUGCUGUUAGAAAACUUAAAGACAACCAUAUUAGAGUGUGGCAGGGACUGUGGGAUACUGGCUUUUAUAUUUCAGACUCAAAAGCAGAGGGUGUUGUUAAUGGAGAUGCAAUAAAUGCCACUAUAUAUGCAAUUCUUUCACAAGUAAGAAGCUUAGAAUAUGAAGAACAUAUAAAACCAAGUGUGCGAUCUGACAUUCUUCGAACAUUGACUUAUGCUGAAGGCUGUUAUGGAGGCCAUUCUACUUUGGAUGCCUUUAAUUUGUGGAAACCACUGAAUUCACUGGCAAAUUUAAAUGCAGUUGCAAGUAUUUGGCUGUUGACUUUAGAAAAACAUGGGUGUUACAAACUUAUGAAUGCAGGCGCUAGUGGUGUGAAUCAAGCAAUGAUCCUGAGUUUUGGUAGUUUACGUUUCAGUAAUCAGCAUCUAGAGUAUAAUAUACAUCCAUCAAAAUUGCACAGGGACUUCCUCUUCCGUCGUUUAAAUUAUGGUAACAUGACACAUGUAAAUAUAAGUGUUAUAGUCCAAGAGGACAACAAAGCUGCUAUUUUUGUAGCGUUAGAUCGCUCUGAUAAAACUUACUAUGCCUGCGAUGCUGGUUGCUUAGAUUCUCCAGUCCAACUGGGACCGUACAGGAAAUAUUUCCCAGUGAAGCUUACGGAACCUUUGACUGCCAUAUUAUAUGUAACUGCUGACAAACAACACAUGGAAGAGUUAAGGCAUACAAUCCAUGUCAAAGAAGUGAUUGAGGCACCAGCCCAUGAACAUCAUGUUAUAGCCAUGCACAAACAUGGGCAUAGUUUAGGUGGACUCAAUCCACUGUUCUGGAUAUCUAUCAUAGUAUUAAUUGUAGUCUUCCACUUAUUCCUAUGUAGAAUAAUUAUGAAUGAAUUCUGCGACAGUGGUGUGAAUUAUAGGAGGCUUUAUAACAAACCUUGAAGAGUAUUUAUUAAUUGCCUUAUUGAAGUGCUUAGGAUGGUUGCACCAUCAAUGUCCAUUGACGCUUGACUGACUUUUGUAGGCUUUGUUUUUACAAAUGUGUAAUGUUUAUUUCACAGUAUUACACCAGUUUAUGUGUAGUCAAAUAGUAGAAUCAAAGGUCUGCUGAAUCCAUGAGAUAUUUUCAAGGGUGUAUUUUCUUUGUUAAUCAACUGACCUCUCGACUUGCACCUAUUAUUCUUAACAUAUAUAAUGCUCAUAAUGAUCCUUACAAAAAAGACAAUUUUUAAUUUCAAUGGUAUAGCACAAUUAAGUUUUACCAUGCACUGUACAAGAGACAUAAUGCUGCUCAUUCACAUUAAUGUGUAUUUUGAUGUAAAUAGUAUAUAUUGAGAUUUUUCUAAUGUUGGGAUAUUGUUCUAUCAAAAUAUUGUAAAUUGUCUAACCUCUUAGUGCACGAUUCAGACAGCAUAUUUCACUUUGUUGGAUUAUAUUAUAAUAGUAGUUUAUUGAUUAUCAAGGUAGAAUAAAAAGCUGUGUGUGUGUAUGCAGGCUACAUUCAAUUUGUUCCUUUUAAGAAUACAUGUUAUUGUUAUGUUAACUGAAAAAAAAAAUAUUGAUUAACUUAUUGUUAUUCAAACAGAAUAAUAUAUUUUCAUUUGUCUUCAAUUUGCCUAUAUUAUUGUAUAAUGAUAUAAAUUAUUUAUUUUUUUAAAUAUUGUACGCAUUAUUUACUACAUUAAGAGUUCAGUAGCGUCAUCCACGGGUAACGUAAUCAUUUGCAAACUUACGACUAAGAAACUCAUUGACUUAAAAAAGGUCUGAAAUGAACUUAUAAUCAAACAACUGUCUUAAACCACUUUGGGCCUAAU